AUGCCCCCAUCAACCGACAGCGAGGAAAAAGCCACUCCCGCCCAACCAACCCUCACAAAUACCUCCACAAUCACCCCCAAUGAAAGGGGCUUCCAUUUCGACUUCGGGCCUCUUGCCCAUGUCAAUACUGCGGAAACCACCUUCCCCGCCUUCGCGGGUGAGCUCCAACCGGGCCUAUGGAAGCCCCCGAAGCAGCGCAAGUUCGCCAAUCCCGCACCCCUAGGGCUGUGUGGGUUCGCCUUGACAACCUUCCUCCUGGGUACAAUCAACAUGCAGACUCUGGGCAUCACUGCUCCGAACAUGAUUGUGGCUCCCGCAUUCGCAUAUGGAGGUUUAGUCCAGCUUCUCGCGGGGAUGUGGGAAAUGGCUCUCGGAAAUACCUUUGGUGCCACCGCUCUCUCCUCCUACGGCGGGUUCUGGAUCUCUCUAUCUAUCGUCUUCACACCUGGCGGCUUCAACAUUCAAGCCGCGUACGAGAAAGCCGAUGGUGGUAGUUUGGGCAUGUUCUACGAUGCCUUUGGCUUAUUCCUCAUGGGCUGGUUCAUAUUCACCUUCCUCCUCGUCCUCUGCACACUUAAAUCCACCGUCGUCUUCUGCGGUCUCUUCAUGGUCGUCGACAUCGCCCUUCUCCUCUUAGCAAUCGGCUACCUCCACCGCAACGGAACAGAUAUCCCCAACGCAAAGGCCAUCAAAGCAGGCGGACUGUUCGCGUUACUCGGCGCCUUCGGCGCCUGGUAUGUAGCUCUCGCGGGUAUCGCCGACGACAGUAAUAGCUUCUUCAUCGUGCCGGUGUUCCACUUCCCCUGGUCGGAGAAGGGGAGGGCCUCGAGACGGAUGAAAUCGGAGACGGAGGGGAGUGUUUAA